AUGUCUUUCAAGACGCGCACGUAUAGUGAUGCAUUUCUCAAGUUGGGCUUCACAAGCAUUGUUCAAAAAUCCGUGGUCAAGCCACAAUGUGUUAUCUGUGCCAAGGUUUUGAGCCACGAGAGCAUGAAGCCCAGCAAACUGGAGUCUUGUCACAGCAACUUGGCAGGGAACGGCGUGGACUAUUUCAAACGAAAAGAAGUAGCACUCAGGGUUCCUGCAUCGAUUCGACGAGUCACUGCGCUUACCAAAAUGAAGCAGCGUUGGAGGCUUCAUACCGGAUUGAUUAUCGAAUCGCAGACUAAGAAAAUUCACAGCAUCGGUGAAGAGCUUAUCAAGCCAUGCCUUCUUGAAGUAGCGAAGUUGGUGCUGGCCGAACAGCAGAAACAAGUUCAGGCAGAUUUCCCUUUCGAAUCCUUGAGCGCUGUGAAGAGCAGUCCAGUGUAUUCACUGCAACUGGACGACACAACAGAUGUUGCCUCAUGUUCCCAACUGCUAGUCUACGUUCGUUACCUCGAUGGGGAAGCCAUGAAGGAGGAGCACCUGUUCUCGGACCCAUUGGCCACUACCAACCGGGGAGAAGAUGUGUUUAGAAUGCUGGAAGUCUUCCUCAUCAAACAUGAGCUUGGCUGGGAACGCCUUGUCGGGUUGCGUAGAGAAGAGACACCUUCCAUGGUUGGUUGCAGAUCCAGCUUCAAAGCCUUUGUGAAGGAUGUCGCUCCCCAUGUCUCCUUCACCCACUGCAUGAUACAUCGCCAUGCUUUAGCGAUGAAGACUCUCCCUCCUGGUCUUCGAGAAGUGCUUUCAGAUGUGGUGAAGAUUGUGAACCACAUCCGAGAGAGCGCAACAAACUCAAGAAUCUGCUAUGCGAUGUGUGACGAAAUGGGCGCCGAUUUCACUGUUCUGAUAUUCCACACAGAGGUGCGCUUGCUCGCUCGUAAAGUUCUCAAUCGUGUAAUUCAACUUCGAGGGGAAAUAGCGCUAUUCUUGGAGAGAGGGUGUACUGAGAAGGAGAAUCAGCUUUAUGAAAAGAUGCAGGAUGAAUUGUUCGUGAUGAAGGUUGCUUCCUUGGCUGACUUCUUUGCCGAGGUGAAUUCCACGAACCUGUCACUUCAAGGAAACAUCCCAAUGCUACACACAGCUCGUGACAAAGUGGCAGCAUUCAGGAGGAGCAUUGAUCUUUAUCAGAGAAGAGUCCAGGCCGAUGACACGACUAUCUUUCCUGAGAUGACGACUCUCCUGGAUGCUACGCCAGAUGUUGAAUGCCACUUCCAUGAGGAGAUCUCAACCCACCUUCUGGCAAUUAGUGAACUAAACUGUGGAGGCAUGGGGAUGGUUGGUGUUUUGUCUUCAGAUCCUGAGAUUGCAGUGUAA